GUGCCUGGUUGCUUACCACAUAUUUUUCAUGCUGUUCGUCUGGUCAUACUGGAAAACAGUCUUUACGCUACCAAUGAAUCCUUCAAAAGAAUUUCAUCUAUCAUAUUCAGACAAGGAAUCCCUAGAGAAGGAGCCUAGGGGUGAAUCUCAGCAAGAAGUUUUAAGACGGGCAGCCAAGGAUCUUCCUAUCUAUACACGGACAAUGUCUGGAGCAAUCAGAUACUGUGACAGAUGCCACCUUGUAAAACCAGAUCGUUGCCAUCACUGUUCUGUGUGCGACAAAUGCAUUUUGAAAAUGGAUCAUCAUUGCCCUUGGGUGAACAAUUGUGUAGGAUUCUCCAAUUACAAGUUUUUUCUCCUCUUCUUGGCUUACUCUCUGCUGUAUUGCCUUUUCAUUGCUGCAACGGAUUUACAAUAUUUUAUCAAGUUUUGGACAAAUGGCCUUCCUGAUACUCAAGCCAAGUUCCACAUCAUGUUUUUAUUCUUUGCUGCGGCUAUGUUUUCUGUCAGUCUGUCUUCUCUCUUUGGGUAUCACUGUUGGCUUGUCAGCAAGAAUAAAUCUACAUUAGAGGUAUUCAGAGCUCCUAUAUUCCGUCACAGAACAGACAAGAAUGGCUUCAGCUUGGGCUUCAGCAAAAACCUAAGGCAGGUGUUUGGAGAUGAGAAGAAAUACUGGUUGCUGCCCGUGUUUUCCAGUCUAGGGGAUGGUUGCUCCUUCCCAACUUGCCUUGUUAAUCAGGAUCCUGAGCAAGCUUCCACACCUGGUGGUCUUAAUUCAACAUCCAAAAACGAGAGCCACCUGUUCCCUGCCAAGCUGCUGCGCGACUCCCAGAGCCACCUCCUCACUGACCCGCCGGCCUGGCCAGAGACCAGUGCCAAGGCUGAAAAGGACAAAGUGGGUAUGAGCAAUCCUGCAUUAACCAUGGAAAAUGAAACCUAAUUUCCCUUAAAGGAAACAUCUGAAUAUGUAAGGAAAGUUCAAGAAAAAGCUGUUGUUGGAAGGAAGAUGGAUUUCUUCCCAAUAUCAGCCCUGUUGGCCAGCUGCUCCUGUCUGCUCCUGUGUGGAUGUGCUCAGAAAACAAACUGACAGAUGAUUAGCUGUCUCCCUGUCACUGCUUAAAACAUAAAACUAAACAUACUACUUCUGAACCAUACAAAGAAUGUUUCAACUUAAAAUU